UUUACGUUCGGCCAGUCAGCCCUCGAAAUAAUUCCGCAAAAAUUCAAUUGGUUUUGCGCCUACAUUUCUGCCUCUCUUCCUCGGAAGCCCUGCAGCAGCAAGAAAUUGAGAAUCGAAACAAACGAUAUAGGGGGAACUACCUAGUCGCUGCAAAAUGGGGAAGCUGGGAAAGAAGGCGAGGAAGUUCGCCAAGAAGAAUCUUCAGUCGGUGAUGAAGAGGCAGAGGAAGCAGAAGUCUGUGUUCAAGAAAAGAGCUACGAAAAAAGGAGGCCGUGGGGAUGAAGUUGUAGAAGAAGACAGUAUACAACAGACUAAUGACAGAAGCAUUCAAAUUGAGGAUGUUGGAGCUCUUUCUUUUGAUGCAAUGUUCAAUGAGCAUGAUAGUGAUGUGACUGGAGACGAUUCUGGGAGCGAUGGGUAUUUAUCCGAGGAGGCAGGCUGUACGGAUAUGGAUGAAACAAAAACGGAGAGUAACCUUGAAGACAGUGGUGGGGAUACUGGUGCAUCUGUGAAGAAUAGAAUUGUCUUUAAGGAGCUAGCAAAGCAGAAGAAAAAAUUGGACAGAUUGAAAGGAAAGGAUCCAGGAUUUGUCAAAUAUCUUGAGAGCAUGAAAAGUGGUAUUCACUCCACAAAAGAAGAUAAUCAGUCUUCAGAUGCAGAUGAAAGUGAUGAUGAUAGCAGGCAUUUGAUUGAUGAGGAUGGGGCAAUAUUAGGAAUUGGCAAGUUAUUAAGUAGUUCUACUGUUGAUUCGUUGUGUCAACUUGUCAAGGACCAGCAGGAUGUGCCUUCCCUUGUAAUGCUUUUAAAUGCUUAUAGAGCGGGAAGUCAUUAUGGAACUAAAUCAUUUGGUGUUCUCAGAGGUGCAGGAAGUCUUGCCAAGAUUAUGAUAUUUGUACUUCAGGAGGCCAACGAUGUAUUCCGGAAAAUUUUGGGAGUUUCAAGUUCCUCUGAAAAGAAGGUCAUUUUGGAACUAAGAAAUACAGCGACAUGGGAAAAAGUGAAGCCUCUCAUUAAGUUGUACUUGAGAAGUACCAUGUUUCUUUUGAACGAGGUUACGGACUCAGAGAUAUUAACUUUUGUGCUCAAGCGACUGAGGGCUUCUAUUAUCUUUUUUGCUGCUUUCCCAUCAUUACUGCAGAGACUGAUCAAGAUAUCUAUUCAUCUUUGGACAACAAGUAAAGGGGCUCUGUCAGUGGAAUCGUUCCUCGUUAUGCAAAAUGUGGCUGGUGUGUUUAACUCGGAUUUGUUCGACACAUGCUUUGACAAGGCGUACAAGACCAUAAUUGGGCACUGCAAAUUUGUCGAUCCAGCCUUCUUCGGGCACCUUCAGUUUCUUAAGAAGUCCUUCAUUGAGUUGUGUUCUCAAGAUAUGCAAAAAUCAUUGAGGAAGGCAAUUAUUUCAAUCAGACAACUUGCUAAGAUUUUGCAGCUUGGUUUACAAACUAAGCAGAAGGAAGCAGUAAAGAGAAUAUGCAGCUGGCAGUAUGUCAACUGCAUUGAUCUAUGGGUUGAGUUCAUAUCAGUCAAUAUACACGAUUACAAUCUCCUGCCCCUGCUUCAUACCAUGAUUCAGAUCAUAAAUGGAGUAGCAGUGCUUUACCCGGGACCAAGAUACUUGCCUUUGAGAGUUAAAACUGUUCAAUGGUUGAAUCUUCUGUCCAGUUCAUGUGGUACAUUCAUCCCUAUUGCAUCAUUGGCACUAGAUAUUUUGGAAUAUAAAAUUGAAAAAGAAGGCCAGAAAGCUGGAAAGGAUUUCACCUUGUCAUCUGAUGUAAAGUUGCCAAAACACUGGAUGAAAUCUCGAAACUUUCUGGAAGCAUGUGUUUUUUCUGCCCUUGAACUGCUUGCGGUGCACUUUGCUCAGUGGGGCUACCACAUAUCUUUUCCUGAGCUGGCUACUAUUCCGUUGAUCCAUUUGAAGAAAUUCCAUGAUAGGACAAGCAUUGAGAGUUCCCGGCGAUUGGUGAAACGUUUUAUUGAUCAGGUGGAGCAGAAUGUCGAGUUUGUCCGCAAGAAGAGAGAUGAAGUUGCUUUCUCGCCUAAAGACGAGCAAUUAGUGGCGUCAUUUCUUCAGAUGGAAAGUUCAAGUGGCAAUCUUCCAUUUAUUCAGUACUACAAGAGUCUCAUAGAAAAGGCAGCUUCUAGGGAUCUGCUUCUGAGUAAAAACUUAAGCUUUCUGGAGCCGAAGAAGGCGAAAGGAAAGAAGCAACGACCUCCAAAUGGCAUUAUCAAUGCAGCUAAAGAAAUGGAAAUAGGUGAAGAAUAGGAAGUUCCUGUGAGCCUUACUGUAUGAUGCUUGAGAAUCCAGUUUUGUUAUUUAUACAGGAAGCAUCCUGUAGCAAAAUCUUGGGCUCCGAAAAUUUCAGUGACCUAUGCAUUUGCAGUUUUGAAUUUUGAUCGUAUUUAUAUGAGCAGUUAAUCGGGUCGAAUGACCUAUUUUGGCUAUACAUUCUUUCACGCUGACAUAGACAUGACCUAUCAUAAUUCAUAUGCAAGGAACAAAGAGGGCGUUUUCAGCUUCUACGGGCAAAAAAGGAAUGUGCAUUUGAUUGCAUUGUGUUAUCAAUAUUCAAUAGUCAAUACUAGUUGUAGGGAGAAAAUGGUGGAAAUUAAGUGAACGUUGUAAAUCUAUAGCUAUUUAAGGUAUGAGAGAAGCAAAAGGUGCAACAUUCAAGCCACUGCAGAAGAAAAUUGCAGUCUUGCUUCAUGUUGAUCAGUAGACGUACGACGGCUUUCUUCAUUCUGGGAUCUCAGUCUCUCACAGAAGGAUUGAACAGCAUGAACUGCACCCGAAAUCUCUCUCUGGGGAAGAUUGCUCCUUCUGCUGUUCAGUCACAGAACUCAUUAUCAUCAUCAAGCCUACGUUUCUAGUUAACAAGAACUCACACAGUCGGUAACGGCAUGCAGACAAAUGAGGCUUUAACCAUAGCCCUACUGCCUUCUUCUCCACUGCAGCCCAAAACCCCAAGCAACCCCGGCCACAAGCUCUUCUUGUUCCUACUCCCCUCGACCUUCUUCACCACUGCUCGAUUCCUUCCUUCAUCGUCGGGCUUCAUACUGCUGCUUAACUUCUUGCUCUGCCUGAACUUCAUAUCAUCAAGCUCCAUCUUCGCUGGAAACUUCCCCGCUCCAAAUGCAAGCACAUACCACCUCGAUUUCAUCGACACUCUGGCUGCUGAUGGCAGUGGUGGACGGGGUGAUCGUGGCAGUGGUAAUGACCAUAACCUUUUCACUUGCUGUUGCCUGGAAUAAUACUCCGCCGGUCUAGGUUCAUUGUGGGACGAUGAUCUCCGCCUAUUGAAGUUGUUCUUACUGUUAACAAUCGUGCUCGUUUCGUCUGUGCUGUUGUUGUUCCCCUGAUGAGGUUUCCUG